CGGGGCGAGCUGACAGGGCUCAAGCACCGGCCCAGCCACAAAAAGAAGACCAGCCAUGCCCAGCCCGGGGCUCUUGCUCGUGCUCCUGCUGGUGGCAGUGCCCCCACUGCAGCCCUCGUCGUUGCCACCACCGGACACCCCAGAGGGCAAGGCUGCCAUUGCAAACCUCGUCCUCUCGGCGCUGGAGAGAGCCACCUCCUUCCUAAAGAAGAGGCUGCCAGAAAUCAACCUGGACGGUGUGGUAGGGUUCCGAGUGCUGGAAGUGCAGCUAAAAGGCGUUCAGGAGCUGUGGGCCCAGGACCCCCAGCUGCAGCCGCUGAGCCUGCAUGUGGGGAAACUGCUGGAAAAGCUGGAGCCGCUCCUCCACAGAUCCAUUUUCUACCUCAGGCUGAGUGACCCCACGUACCUAAGAGAGUUCGAGCCGACCGUCCAGCCCGGGUUUUGGAAGCUCCCACGCACCUGGACCCUCACCAACACCUCCUUGGUCUACUCCACCUUCGAGACUCAGGACUCCUUCUCAGAGGAAAGCAGCGACUUGUGCCUGGUGCAGCUGCUGGGAACCGGGACGGAUAGCAGCCAGCCCUGCAGGCUCUCGGACUUCUGCAGGACACUCAUGACCAAGCCCAGCUGCUCAGGCUACUGCCUGUCCCACCAGCUGCUCUUCUUCCUCUCAGCCAGAAUGAAGGGAUGCACGGCUGGGCUGUUCCACCAGAGCCAGCUCUACAUGAAUCUCUUCUGCGCCAACAUGAUGGACCUGAACCGGAGAGCUGAGGCCAUCGGAUAUGCCUACCCCACCCGGGACAUCUUCAUGGAAAACAUCAUGUUCUGUGGAAUCGGUGGCUUCUCUGACUUCUACAAGCUCCGGUGGCUGGAGGCCAUUCUCAGUUGGCAGAAGCCACAGGAAGGGUGCUUCGGGAAGCCUGCUGCUGAAGAUGAAGAAUUAUCGAAAACCAUUCAACACCAACAGCAUUUUUUGAGAAGAGUGAAGAGACGAGAAAAACAAUUUAUUGAUGGCUGCUCCUCCCACAACACAGCCACGGCCGUGGGGGCCCUGGGGGGCUUCCUUUACGCGCUGGCAGCAAACCCCCCAGCACAGGGGGAGCUGCGACGGUCCGCACCGGCGCCCCCCGCCAGCGGCUACGGACUCAGCCACCCCACACCGGCCACUGAAGGAUGAAACAGACGCCCCGCUUCCUUCCUUAAGUCCCGGGCGCCUGGGCUACACCCCGAGAUAGAGGCAGCUGUAGAAACAGGUGACAGAGCAGCCCAGCUUCGUCCCCUGGGGAGCAGGACCAGGGAAGGGGGGCCGGAUGGACCCAGGAAUGGAGGCAGGCGAAUAAAUUUACGGUGC